AUGGCCGAAGCACAACCUCCGCCCGUUGCUCUCCCCCAAACCCAGCGCGCCCAGAUCUUGCACGAAUUCAACCAACCAUACACCUACACGCCAGACCAUACCCUCCCUAUAUCGACACCAUCUGACCUGAAGGGGCAUGAGAUCCUGGUCCGCGUCGCCGCUGCAUCCUACUGCCACACCGACCAUGUCUUCGCCUCCGGCGCCAUGCAACCUCAGCUCCCACGUAUCGGCAGCCAUGAGUUCGCCGGUACAAUCCACAGUUUCGGCCCCGCGUUAUCCUCCCCUGAAGCUCAAAAUGAGCUUGGGCUUUCGGUGGGGCAGCUGGUUGGUGUGCCGGGUCGAGCUAAGGGGCCAUGCGGCAGCUGUGAGGAGUGCCGCUCUGGUAAAUCAGCGGGUGAUGCGCAGGGGUAUGGGGUGUGGUGUUCGAAAGCCGGGAACUUAGGUCUGAGUGUGGAUGGCGGAUGGCAGGAGUGGUGCGUUGUGGAUGGGCGGCAGGUUGCGCCUGUGCCGACGACUUCGGAAGGCGAGUCAAAGAUGGCGGCUGUGGAUGUUGCGCCGUUGAUGUGCGCGGGCGUAACGGUGUGGUCUGCAUUAAAGCGGGCGGGUCUGAAGAUGGACGCUCUGUCUCCCAACUCGGAUCACAGCGGUAGACUAGACAACGCGGGCCUUGCGAUCGCUAUUCUUGGCGCAGGAGGCGGCCUUGGCCACCUGGGCGUCCAGUUCGCCAGCCGACUCGGUGCGACCGUCAUCGCCGCAGACGUCGGCCCAUCCGCUCUGGCACUCUGCCGCGAAAUCGCAAGCGAAUGCGCUGGCUAUUCCAACGCCGGCAGGGUACACGUCGUCGACUCAGCCGCCACAUCCGCCGCACAACUCAAAAGCCAACAGCCAGAGCUCUUCAACGCCGCUCAAGAUGCCUUGGAAGAUGAAAUCGGCGCCCACGCCAGUAUCAUCCUUCCAGAAGCACAGGCCGCCUUCAACUGGGGAAUGGCGGUUCUCAAGAACCACGCAAGAUGUGUCGUUGUGAGUUUUCCGAAGGAUGGGUGGAAGUUUCAACACGAGACACUGUCUUCCGGGAUAUUGAGAUUGUGGGCGUUCUCACUGGUCGAAACAAAGAUCUGA